AGCCCUGAAGAGUUGUGGCUCAAAGAAGCAUGUGCAAUGGACCAAGAUGUACAAGCGGAAGGUUCUUCAAUUUCUCAGCAAGUACAUCCGCGGUCUGAAUUCAGAUCAAGUCUCUUCAAGACUCUUUGCCGGUGAAGUUGAGCUGAGAGAUGCCGAGCUGGAAGUUGAACCUUUGAAUAGCUUGCUGGCCGGCAUCCUGCCGUAUACUGUGCAGGUGCUGGCAGUAUCAUGCGACAAGCUGCUCGUGCAAGUGCCUUGGAGUGGGCUUCGCACAAGGCCAGUACAUAUCCGUGUGGGUCACAUGCGCGCGCAGGUACGCAUCCACAGUCCCUCAGACGUCAGCUGGGCCGAAGCUGUGGCUGAGGCCACAUUUGUGGCUGCUCACAAAAAGCCUGCUUCCAAGGAGCAACAGAGCUACAGACUUUCUGAGACUGGGCAAGAUGAUUCUGUCAGGCAUUGCUUGAGUGCGUUUGCAACACCAUUGCAGAGCAUGAUUGAGGGGUGCAGCUUGAGCGGUUUCUUUGAGAGCAAAACGUUCUUCUUGCCAAUGCGGAGGAAUGUGGAGGCAACUGCCCCCGCCGUCGAAGCCAAGCUGCAAGUGACACGCCUCUCUGAAGCCUGCCCCGCUUCGCUUCUUCUCUGCCAUGGCCCUAGAGCAGCACAGAGGACUUGGAGGAAGCUGAGCUCUGGCAAGCUGACGAAGUGGAGCUGUGGACGAACGACCCCCAAGACCUGUGCGCCUUUGAGACGUAGCCGCAAAUCGGAGCGCUCGGAAGGUCUGUGGCAUCUCGGAGACGGCGCUUUGUGAAGGGCUUCGUCUCCCCGGCCGCUUUGGCAGUGGCCCGUGGCAGCCCGCAGCCCGCAGCCCGCAGCCCGAUGGCCCGGCCUUGGAAAAGUGCCUUCGAAACGCCGUGGAACGGGCGACCCGACGCCGGAUGUCGCGAGUCGCGAGGCUGGCGGAGGCCGGAGGCGGCCGGGCACCCGCGACUCCGAGAGGUGAAGCUCAUGGCGAAAGCUGCGAGUUGCACUUUUGGACUUCGCCUGAAAUGAGGGACACUUACACCCCGUGGACAAAACGGCUGGGGCGGCUGGCAGCAGCGCAGGUCAGGUGCCCUCACUCGCUUGGUUCUGCCCGCUGGAUCUCUUGGCAGGCAGUGAGGGAAUGACUCCAACAACAAUCAACUCAAAAAGGUGUUUCCCCUCAAAGGCAUCUCCAGGUCGAUUCUCAAAAUAUUUUCCUGAGAACAAUCAUUUGGAUGAGUUGGAUGGUGUUUUGUGUAAAGAGCUUUCCCUUGCACCUAAGGAUGUGAAGGUUGCCGUUUUGGACGGCCUGCACAUCUCAGUUGCCUCCAUCCACCUACUCUGCACUCAAGAGACAUCAUCUUUGUUCGCGUUCGAGUUUGAGCUGGCUGGGGUAUCCCUCGAGCCGGUGCCUUGCAUCGAGGAGAGUUCUCGGAAGUCCAAGUUUCGGCUUCGAGGGUGCAGCUGGUCAACUUUGAAGCGCCGCAUAUCUUUGCAGCAAUUGCGAUUGGCAGCAGCCCGAUUGACCAGCAGAAAUCAACCUCCAGCUCUUCUAUGUCUCAGCGACUGCAGUUUGGAAUUAUUGGAGGGCAGGGACGUUGGCCGGAGGAAGGAUCGCCGCAAUGGAUCUGCACGUGUGGCUUUGAUUCCUCGCGAGAUUCGUGGAAGCCUCACCUUGCCAAGAAUAGAGGUACAUUUUGGGCAUCCCGAGAUCAUGGGCCUUUUAGGGCUGGCCAAGGAAGCUCUGCAGCCUGUUUGUCCGCCAGAGGAGUUGUUGCCAGCAGCUGCUCGGGAGCGACUGCAAGCGAUCCGAAGGCCUCGCGACGGCACGGCGGCGCGCACGAGGCGCACGAGGCGCACGGCCCAUGCCGCCGCUGCCGCCGCCGCCGCUGCCGUGCGCGCGGCCGGAGCUGCCGGGACGGCGAUGGGCACCGCGGUGGCAGCGGUGGCGGCGCGGGACGCCCGGCGCAGUGGCCAAGCCGCCGAGAGGGCCCUCAGCUUCUUCCGGAAAAAGGCAGUUGGAAGCACUGCAACAUCGCAGUUGGAAGCACUGCAACUUCGGGAGGAGCAGGAAUUGCGGGAGGCACUGGCUCUUUCCAUGCAGGAGUUUGAACACUCCCAAGUCGACCAAGAUGUCGAGUGUUUGCCAGAAGAGCAUGACCUGGACAUUCCAGAGGGAAGCGUUUCCGCUGAGGAUCAUGACCAAGACGGGAGUUUGCUUGGCACAUCCUCCGAGGACGAUGCUUUGGAGGAGUUUCAAGAAGGGGACUCUAUGGUCAACAAAUCCUCAUUGAGCUCGCCUCCGAUGGGACUGCGAUUUCUGUGCAUGAAUGUAUCUAUCGGCAAGCUGAACUUGAAUCUCUCCAUCAAAGACAGGGCAGAUGGCUUUUGUCUUGAAGCAAGCGGCCUCAGCAUGUCAAGCGAAACAUUUGUCCACUUAUUGACGGCAGAGGUACCAUGCCUGCAACGCCUCGGAAUCCUGCCAGAUGGGCAUCAGGCGAGCGCAGUCAGUCACAGCACCAGUUGCUGCGUUACGAUUUGCUCCGCCGAACUGCACUUGCUUGGAAGGGAUGGAAAGGAUGGAAAGGAUGGAAAGGAGAGGCCACAGCUUUUGCUUGGAAAGCGCACCCUCAAGGCUCCCUGGAUGCUGACAGCACGCCUGGCUGCCGAAUCGCAAACGCUUGGCGUUGGCUCGGACACCAGACUCGAGGCCGACGCAUUGCAUGAACUCACUUUGGAGGGCUGCCUCCAUGGUGUGAAAGUUUGCCCUGAGCUCUGCCUGGAUGUACUUCAGCCGACCUUGGAGAUGUUACGGGAGCUGCUCGCCACUGCGCGUGAGGUGCAGCCAGCCAGCCACAAUGGCGCACAGCACCAUUUUCACCCAGUGAUCUCGUUGAGUUUUCGUGACACUGUAAUUGACCUGUCGUCAGUCUCUCCGCAUCCUUUGAAGCCGUUGCGAGUGAUCAUUCCGAGCCUGAAUAUCAACGUGGCAGAGAUGGGCUCAUUCAAACCUCCACCGGUGCCACAGUGGCAUUCUUCACCCACUGACAUAGACAGUGCUUCCGAUGCGCACCACUACACGUGCCUUUGCUCAACAGAGGAUCUGAAGCGAAGCCACACUUGGGAAGUGCUGGUGACUGAACGGCAGUGGCAAACGACAUGCAGCAGAGGUGACAGAGAAUAUGAGAUCAAGGCGCAUGGGGAGCAUCCGGACCAUUCGGAGCAUGUGCUUGUGCCUUCGGAGCAUUUGGGAGAGCAUCUGCUGGUGCCUGCUUUGGAGAUUCUGAUGCUGUCUUCUUCGAAGCUCAAGGCUUUGGAGCAACUGCAGGCGUGGGAGGAUAUGGCGGAAAGGCAGCACGCUGCCAGCAGCAUAAAUGUGCAGAAGGACCUGGCCCGGCGUAUCCCGGUGGUGCUCGAGAUGAUGAUGGCAAAAGGAGAGGAGAGCAUAGAGAGAGAGAAACGAAGCCAAGAGAGUAAAGAGAGUGAGGGCGGGCAGGGCGGGCAGAACGGGCUGCGUGCACAAUUGGAGGCGCUGCGGGGUGAGCUAAGAAGUUUGGAUGCGGAGCGGCGCGAGAGCGAGUUGCAGCUCAAGGAUGCUGAGCGCGAGGCGGCCUUGGCCUUGGCUUUGCUGCGGGCAGAGAAGCUGCAGAAAGAGCAGCGGCUGCAGCAGCAGCUGCAGGAAGAACAGGAAAUCACCCAAGCACUUGCUAGGCUGGUGGAACAGCAACACGCAGCUAUUUCAGCUAUUUCAGCUAUAUCUGUUGCCUCAACUUGAGUGGUUGCUCUUAGUGGACCCUUGGAUGUAUGCUUCAACGCACUGAAGAGCACGAAGAAGCUCGGUAUUUGGCCUCGUGAUGUUGAGCGGGAUGCCGUGCCUGAUCGCAACAAGUGCUGGGUCGUACAUUUUUCAGCUGACUUUGCUGGGCAAAGUGGGCAACAUGAAGGACAAGAUCCGACAACGGAGUGCCAGCAGCAUGUCAUAGCAUUACUGCACAUGGACAAGUCUCACACUAUUGACAAUCCAGCGAUC